UCUGCUUUCUAAAGCUGAACAUUGUGUCUCACUCAGGUACAUGAAAGGACGUGUCUCAUAUGAUCAGCUUAAUGCCGCGGUGCAGAGCAUUAACACGGCUGUAUCUGCAAAGUACAAGAUCCUCCAUCAGUCGCUGAAAACGCUCAACAAUCAUUCACGCAAGCUGCACCAGCGCUUUAAGGACCAGGAGACCAAAGAUACAAAAGGUCAGUAUUUUGUGGUGGAGGAAGACAUUCGUGAGUUUACUCAGAUGAAGGUGGACAAGCGAUUUCAGGGGAUUUUGAACAUGAUGCGACACUGCCAGCGCCUGCGUGAGCUCCGAGGAGGGGGCCUCACCCGCUAUAUGUUGUUAUGAAUGAACGAAGAGUCGGAUGGAUUACAUUUUCACUGUCUUUUCACAUUAUCGUUCUUCAUAAUGGUGACAUAACUGUAGUCACACUGGCAUGAGGCUUUGUACAGUCUGCACUGUGCACUCUCUCAAACACUACAACUGAGAGGUUUUAGAUUUGUCAGGUUAGUUGUAUUGAACAGUAGCUUGAUUAGGUUAGUGGACUCAUCACGUGAAUAAGUGUCUCUCACACACUGUACACAUUUAACAGAAAUGCCUUCAUUUGCUACCUGGAUGUGCACAUUAUGUUAUACUGGAAUGUGUAUGUAUGUUGAAAUAUACAUUAGUUAUAUAUUGCAUUAUUAGAUAUGCCAACAAAAUUCUGUAUUUUUACUUUUAAACAAAAUAAAAAUUUUAUGAUUAAUACA